ACUAGAUCUACUUCCCACCAUGUCCUCACUUGAGCCGAAGGACGUCUCGCCGCCAAAAACCGACUAUGAGCUUCCCUCAGCUACCAGCUCGGAGGAGACGCUCGUCGGCGUGACCAAGGUACAGGCCGCCAACUCGGUGUGGGGCCCCAAGACGCGCUGGAUCCUCUACGUCUCCAUCGGGCUCGCGGCGUACAUCUAUUCUUUGGACGGUACCACGACGUGGCAGUACUUGGUGUAUGCGACGUCGAGCGUGUUCCAACACUCGAUGAGCGGCACGAUCGACACGGCAGGCGCGAUCAUCAUUGCAGUCGGCAAGCCGCUCAUGGCGAAACUCACCGACGUGAUCGGGCGCGCCGAGACGUUCAUCCUCGUCGGGCUGCUCUACGCGGUCGGGUACGCGGUGAUUGCGGGUGCGAAGAACGUCGGCACGAUCGCGGGCGGCACGAUCGUGUACCGGUUCGGGUAUACCGGCCUACAGCUGGCGACGCAGGUGCUCAUUGCGGACAUUACGACGCUGCGCUGGCGCGGGUUCAUGUCCGCGCUCGUGUCCGCGCCGUUCAUCAUCAACGCGUUCGUGAGCGCCGAGAUUGCCGAGUCUAUCCUGCCGAAAGCGGACGCGACGGGCGUGCGGCCGCUCGGGUCGGACAGCUGGCGCUGGGGCUACGGCAUGUUUGCGAUCCUCGUGCCUGUCAUCCUCGUGCCGAUUUGCGGGUCGCUGCUGUGGGCACAGCACAAGGCCAAGAAGGAGCGCCGGUACGAGCGCGACCCCGCGAGCGUGGGGACCAAGAUCAAGCGCGCGCUGCUUGACAUGGAUAUCGGCGGGCUCAUCCUCGUUGCUGCGUCGCUCGGCCUCAUCCUCAUCCCCCUCGGGCUCGCGCCCAAGGCCGUCCGCCAGUGGAAGACGCCGUCCAUGAUCGCCAUGAUCACCGUCGGCGCGGUGCUGUUCCCCGUCUUCCUCGCGUACGAGUACUUCGUCCCCCGCAAGCCCGUGUUCCCCAUGCGGUGGCUCCGCCGCCUGCCCAUCCUCGGCGCGUGCCUCAUCGGCUUCUUCGACUUUGUCUCCUUCUACCUCCAGUAUCAGUUCCUCUACUCGUUCAUGACCGUCACCCAGCCGACCUGGUCGAACCGCUACCUCAACUACUUUAUGCAGACGCAGACGGUCGGCCUGACGGUGUUUGGCCUUCUUGCCGGCGUCAUCAUGGCCGCGACGCGCCGCUUCAAGUGGAUGCUGAUUGUCGGCCUUCUCAUCCGCCUCCUGGGCGUCGGGCUCAUGAUGUACGCCCGCUCAGACUCGGGCAACACGGCGUCACUCGUCAUGUGCCAGGUGCUGCAGGGCCUCGGCGGCGGCUUCGCAUCCAUCACGACCAUGGUCGCUGCGCAGGCCUCCGUGUCGCACGUCGACGUGGCGACCGUCACCGCCAUGGUGCUCCUCCUCACCGAGGUCGGCAACUCGGUCGGCACAGCGGCCGCGACGACCGUGUGGACAGAGUACAUGCCGCGCGCGCUCGCCGACCACGUGCCGGGGAACAACGCGACGCUCAACGCCGAGCUCUUUGGCUCCAUCACCACGGUCAUGACGUACGCCAUCGACGACCCGAUCCGCCUCGGCGCGAUCGAGGCGUACCGCAGCGUCAUGCACCGUCUCGUGCUCGGCGCGCUCAUCGUCGCCAUCUUCCCGCCCAUCUUUGCCUUCUUCCUCGUCAAGAACAUCCGCCUCACCGACACCCAGAACGCCGUGGACGGUAAGAACUUGGCUGGUGAGCAGGUGGAGGAGGGCCAGGUGGGCCAGGGCGAGGCCGUCGUCCCCCUCAGCGCCUUGCCGCACUCCGUCCUCGAGCAAUCUCACUUCCCUAUCUCCUCACUAUCGAUCGUGCAUUCCACAAUGGACGCCCGUACGGAUACGCCGAGCAGCGGCGGCGAGGAUGGCAGCGUUCCACAGCGCAAACGUGGCCGCGAGGGCUCGCCGAGGCCGUACAAGAAACGUGCCUAUGGCCAGUCGUGCUAUGCGUGCCGUGAGCGCAAGAUCAAGUGCGAGGUCGAUGGCGAGCCGCCAUGCCGCUCGUGUAUCGAGACCAACACGCUCUGCGAGAGUGUGGAGCGUGCGAAACCCGCCCGCAAGAAGCGCGACCUCGACGGCAUCCUGUCUUCUAUCGAGGCGCGGCUCAGAAAACUCGAUGAUCUGGAGGCGCGUACGCGCCGGCUCGAGUCCAUCUCACAUCCGUUGGCUGGAUCUUCAUCGUCGCUCGCGGUCCCCUCGAAGAAGCGCCGUGAUUCGCGUGCCAGCUCGCCGCCGUCCGACGAGCCCCUCAGCGGCCCGCGGUACGACCUUGGCCCACCCGCCCGCCCAGUGUAUCACGGUGAGGUGAGCAUGUUCGAUGACUCGGAGACGCGCCCGAGAGCCUCGCCACGACUCGAGCCUGCCGCGCGCGACUGGACACCGGAUCGGCUCAAGGCCGCCGCGCGUCUGCGUCACCGGUACGCGCCGCCCGAGGACGGUGAAACCUGGGUCGACUCGUACUUCUGCUGGGCGAGCACCCAGGACUAUGUCGUCCACCGCCCGCUGUUCCGACGCGACAUGGCACUCGGCGGCGGGCCUUGGUUUUCAGAGUUCCUCCUCGUCUGCAUGUAUGUCCCUGGCAUCCGCCUCACGUACCAGAUGGACCAGGACGAGCGAGAGCAAAAGGGCGAGCAGUACUUCAGCCUGGCGAUGAGCAUGCUCCCCGACGUUCUCACCUCCCCGCCGACGUUUGCAAACACGCAGGCACUCCUCGUCCUCGCUGGGCGGCAGGUCGCACGAGGCCAAACGACACAGGCAUGGGUGUUCACUGGCAUGGCCAUCCGUCUCAUGCAGGAUAUGGGUAUGCACCUCCCUCCAAGCCCGGAAGACGCGACGAGGUUCUCGCAGGAGGAGAGAGAUCAGCGGACAAGGCUAUUCUGGGCUGCAUACACAUGGGACAAGGCGACUGCGCUGGUCAUGGGACGCGAGCCAUGUUUGCCCUUGCGGCCAUACAUGACCCCCGACGCGCUCCCAGCGGACCCGGACGACGACGCCGACUGGGUGCCCUGUGUCCCAGAGGGAACAAGACUGCCCAUCAACGUGCCGUACCCCAAGCAGCCAAUGCUCAAAACACUUACUCUUCGGCACAACGCCAGACUGUUCGCCAUCCUCGAGUCCAUCCUCACGAACAUGUACUCGCCUGGUCUGCCAAACUCCCGAUCCGUGUCCUUUAUCCGCACUGCUAUCGAGGACCUUGAAGCCUGGCGAAAGAGUAUCCCAGACGUGCUCAAGCUCGAGGGCCCAAAUCUUCCCGAGUACUGUCCGCCGCCGAAUGUUGUCGUCUCAAAUAUGCUCUACCACGCCAUGCGCAUCCUGGUGUAUCGACCCCUUCUGACAGACAACGGACGCUCGUCGCACGCCUCAACGGCCCUCAGCCAGUGUCGUAACGCGUCGGCGGGCGUCAGCCACAUCCUCUCGUUGUGGGGCAAGACGUUUGGCGACAACUGCCACCACUACAUCAUCCUGUAUUGUAGCUUCAUCUCAGCGAGCGUCGACAUUCUGCUCAUCCGCAGCGGAAUCCAGUACCUCCGCGACGAGGCCUUCCAGCGUGUGCACCUCGCCCUGACAACGCUCGAGAAUGCCCAGCUCCAAGGCCCAUGUAUCUCUCGCGGCGUGGUCAACAUCCGAUCUCAGCUCAACCGCGCAAUCAAGGACUUUGGCCUGCCCGACCAGCAGCCUCUGCUGCCGCUCCCACCACCCGCCUACGUUGCAGACAUCGCCCAGUCGUCGCCCCAGCCGCUCUCCGAGUCGCGCACGCAGCACGAGCCGGCUGCCGACUCGUCGCAGCCCCCAGCAUUCCCCCAGUGGUUCCCAGGAACCGAGUUCUGGGAGAGCCAAACACUGCUGGAUAUGCUCAGCGCGGCACCUAUAUCCACCGAAGACCCGUUCGCGUUCGGCGCGACGGAGCAUGACCUUGGCUUGGUUCUGUAGUUUACAUGUACUGAUUAAUCCAGCUACGAAUCUGAUUCUGGCCAGCCCUGAU